GCAAACGAAAACACAUACGAAAUCGUUAAGUCCAAAAUACCGCCUUAAACAGCCACACACCUGCGUUUAAUAUACACAAAUCCUCGGUUCCUCGUAACUCAACUACAUUGAAAUACCAUCUGUACCCUCACCGUCUCUUCCGAACGUUACUCACAUAUCCAAAUUAAACACCCUCAAAAAGCAAAAACCUUAAGGUCAAAACCGUAAAUCAUCCUCAAAUUGUCCUCUAAAAUUGAACAAAACCUAGACCCUUUUUAAUUCCCCCAAUCCCCCUUCUCACCUUGUCCGAAAAGCUUUCCUCCGCAAAAAACACUUCCUCCCGCUCAUCUCUCUCUCAUCUCCGCCAUUUUGUUUCUCUCCUCGAGCUCCGCCAUUUUGCUCUCUCCUUAAGCUCGUUACUUUCUAUCUUUCCACAGAGUCCGAAUCAUUGGAAUCAUUUUUUAUAGAAAAUCGAUUUUUUUUUUAUAUAAAAUAGAUCUUUUUUAUGAAAUCGGUUGAAGUUCUUGGAUUUUCUGCCAACUUUUCGUGAAUUAAUUUGGAGCGGCUGAUAAUUUUCAACUCUAGGGUUGGUGAAACAUCUUAAAUCAAAGGUUCGUUGAUUUUCUCCAUAGCCGUCAAUUCGACACUUCACCAAACUGUCAACAGCGAGAAUAUCGUGAUUUUCGGCUCCCUGCUUUUAAGACACAGAGAAAUGUUGAAGGAUUAAGCCAGAAACCACGCGGUUCAGUAUAUCGUCAUUUUAUUCAAGAUGGAUUCUGUUAAGCGACCAGCAACAACUCCAAGUAAGAGUAGAAUAGCUAGGGCAAUCUCAAAGGUUUUGCAUGUUCGUGUAGUCACCGGGAUCACCCCAUCUCAUGGACUGCAGAGAAUCAAAACAAAGGAAAAGACACAGGAAGUAAAAUCACAAGAAAAGAUCAGGGAAUUGAAACCUCACGACAAGUCCAGGGAACUAAAGCCCCAGGAAAGAAUCAAGGCUGAGCUAGUCCAUGUUGUUCACUGCAAAUUGGGAGAGAAACAAGAUGAAGAGCUUGCAGAUAGGAUUGCUCGAGAAGCUGUUCUUGGCAAAAUAUUUGCAAGUAUUUCAACUAUCAAAUCUGCCUAUGCUCAAUUACAAUUUGCACAAUCUCCGUAUGAUGCUGAAGGAAUUCAAUCUUCUGAUGGGAUGGUGGUCUCUGAGUUGAAGACUUUGUCAGAGGUGAAGCAGUGUUUCUUGAAGAAACAGUUUGAUCCAUUCCCUGAGAAGGGUUUACUUGCAUAUGACUUGCAGGAACAAAAGAACAUGGUAAAAACUUAUGAGAUAACGGGGAAGAAGUUGGAGUAUGAGGUGAAGCUGAAAGAGUCAGAAAUCACAUUCCUGAAGGAGAAACUAGAGGAAUUCAAGAAAGAAAAUCGGUUAAUUGAGAAAAGACUGAAUGCCAGUGGUUCACUCUCUGUCCUUGACAAUCUUCAUAUGUCGGGGUUAAGUCCCAACCAUUUCAUCCCUGUUCUCCGGCAUACAGUAAGAUCUAUUCGGACUUUCGUGAAACUGAUGGUCAACUCGAUGCAGUCUGUUGGGUGGAAUUUGGAGGCUGCUGCUAAUGUUAUCCAUCCCAAUGUAUCAUACUGGAAGCAAGAGCACAGAUGCUUCACAUUUGAGUCAUUUGUAAGCAAAGAAAUGUUCGAUAGUUUCCACAUUCCUAACUUUGCGCUCCCAAACGAAUCUUUACCAGAACACAAACAGCGGCGAAGGCUGUUUUUCGAGAGAUUCACCGAGUUAAAGACUGUUAAAGCAAAGGAUUAUCUUUGCCAGAAGCCCAAGUCAACAUUUGGAAAGUUCUGCCGAGCCAAAUACUUGAGGCUUGUGCACCCGAAGAUGGAGUCAUCCUUCUUCGGAAACUUGACGCAGAGGAACCUCGUGAAUUCCGGUGAGUACCCAGAUACUGCUUUCUUUAUCUCAUUUUCAGAAAUGGCUAAGAGGGUAUGGCUCCUUCAUUGUUUGGCAUUCGCUUUCGACCCCGUAGCCUCAAUCUUCCAGUUCAAGAAAAGGUGUCGUUUUUCAGAGGUAUACAUGGAAAGCGUCUCUGAUGAGGCAUUCUUACCGGAAGCCGAACCAUGCGUGGCUUUCACAGUAGUUCCCGGGUUCAAGAUUGGUAAAACUAUUAUCCAGUCUCAGGUUUAUCUCUCCGGAUCGUAGUUUUGAUCGGACGGUGUAGAUUUAGUCAAGACGGGAAUGUGGCGUGGGCCUGGGAUUCAACUGGAGGUCAUUGGUGGAUCUUGGUGGAUCAAUUAUGGAAAAAUGAAAAGAGAUUAGGGUGUCUCCUUUUUUGGUUGCGUGGUUGCUGCAAUGCUGAGUGUGAUGGUGGGGACUGAGGAUGCUGUGCAACAUGGUUACUUGGGCCAGUUUGUCCCUUAAUCUAUGGCUUUUUUAAAUGUUCGACUGCAAAGGCGCAUGGACCGUUGUGGGCAUUGGGAAAAAGAAUUUAGUUUAAAUUUUGCUUAAAAAAAAGAUGAUGACUUUGCCCAAAUUUUGUUAAUAUCUAGGUCGGAGAAGGGCUAAUUAGUAAUUACUCUUCGUUGUAUUAGUAAUAUAAAUUUGCACCGAGUAAAAACAUGUUAUGUUUCUUGUAUAUGAAAAGAAGUGUAGGAGUUUAUUUAAA